CUCCUGUUUUUACUCCUCGUACAGAAGCACAGGCUCAGAGGAGGUGGAGUCAUGAGUGCACCGGAGGCACCUAAUCCUGGGAAGGAGCAGGCUGAAAGUGGAAAUGGGAAUGCAGUCACGGAUCCCUCCACAGCCACGAGUAGUACGCCACCGACGGUUGCUGUGAAGAAAGAGCCUGGGAUCUCAGAGAAGAGCAACGGGAAAGUCGGAGAUGCCAACCCUGCUGAGAUCUGUGUCGUUAUUGGAGGAAAAGAUGGAGGAUCAAGCGGAGGUGGAACCCGUAGAGCUCAAACCGAGGGUAUGUUUGCCCUUGGUACUCCUCCUCCAACGAAGAGCACUGACUCAUGCAUAGGUUCGUAUGUAUGUGCAGUGUGUGGGAAAAAGUACAAGUACUACAACUGCUUUCAGACACAUGUCAGAGCACACAGAGGUAAGAUUUUUAUUAUUUUUAUAAAUUUCUUUCUUUAGUGUUUAGGAUUGCAAAAUGAAAUACUGGAAGUAAGACCGCACAAUAUAUUGAAUUGCAUUUGGUUUUGCAAUAUCAGUGUUUGCAGAAGAGUUGCUUGAAAGGUUAUUGAAUACUUUCAGGCUCCUCAUG